AGGAACGAACGGGUAGCUGUAGAUUUACCCACCCAGAUCGAACCACCCGCUGCCUCUGGUCUGCCGACGGACAUUUGAACGAAACAUACAGGACACAAAAUUGUCCUUGUACGGAGACUUUGACUCUGAUUUUUCCAAGGCGCAGUCUCGUUUGACGGUCCGCAGCAACAAAAACCGAUCGUUCUCACGAAAAGACGUCCACCCACCCCCCGAAGCCGACCCUCCGAAAACGCCGGCGUCCGUCCACUUCAACCCUUCCCCCGUCAACCGACCGAACGAACGAACGUAGCGUACCCUCACGCUUCCCAUACUCUUUUUCUCCCCUCCCUCCGCCGAUUGAUGGCCGCGAUGGCGGCUCAGAACCCGACCGGCGGCGCCCCCGCGGGCCUGCCGAUGCCCUCGCGCAACCCGCUCCCCCUCUCGGCCUCCCAGGAGGCGCAGAUCAGAGACAUUUACCACGCGCGCGUGCGAAACGCCUGCGCACCCGAGAUCAAGGCCUUUGCAGACUGCGCCCUAAACCGCACCUUCACCGUCUCCUUUGUCUGCCGCACCCAGCUCCGCGCAAUGAACGGCUGCAUGAAGGCCCACGCCACGCCGCAGGAGCACGACGCCGCGCGCGAGGAGUGGUUCGCCAAGCGCAUGGAGCGGCAAAAGGAGCGCGAGCGUAAAGCCGUCAAGAAGGCGCAGCAGGAGGACUUUAUCAGGGAGUGGUGGGGUCUGCCCGAAAAGGACGCCGAGACGAGGAGGAAGGAGGAGGAGAAGAUGAGGCUGGGCGAGCGCGUGGGCGGGUAUGCGGCGAGAGAUCGGAAGAGUGUUGCGGCGGCGGAGGAGAGGCGGUGAUGAAUACUCAAGUAUUUGGGAAUACGGGGAUGGGGUCUAUUGAUGACCUUGAAAGAAAUUUCCCGCAUCGAGAAGGGAAAAGGGGGAAGGUCAGAUGCAUUUGAUGGGCGUUCUGGAUUUACGGUUUGGGACACCCUGCUCUAUGGCGUGGCCAUUCGGCUUGUACAAAUACACACCAACACAACAUUUCACACCAUGUAGACUAUAUCAAUCCAAAAAGGGGGGUCGAAGCCUAGAGAUGGCGGCCAUUGUCACAGAUACUA